UUCCACGUUUUUGGAACAGUGUCUCUAGAGCUGACCAGUGGAUGCCGGUGCGUUGGCGGGUUUUCAGAAAUACAACGGCGUCGCUUUAGUGGGGCAGAUCGUACAGGACCCAAGACGAACACUGCUCAGGAAAAUUAAGAAGCAUUUUUCGUGCGUUGUUGAGCGGUUGUAUUCGGUGUCUCGCGUGAGCACCCAUGUGGGGUCGCUGCUCUCAGUUCAUGCUUUCCGCUUAGUUGUGGCAUAUUAAAUCAUGGCAAGGAAGACCCUCAUGUAUAUGCGGUCCGGCCAAUGGUUUAUAGGGGAUCGGCCUUGAAAAGGCCUAGCGUUGUCGUCAGCGACGCGAAAGUGCCGCAGGCGGCACUGGCGCUUUUGGGCGGCAUGGUACACCUGGGGUAAUCCGCCCGACGUUCUUCGCAAGCACACAGGGAUGCACCUAGCUUGCUUAUUUAUUUUGCAGUUCCUGUAGAAAACUGAAGGGAGCGUCACAAGGAACGGGAACAUUCUAGUGAAGAAGAGAGGCCCCGGACUGUCGCCCCGGCGUAACGAAUACACACACACCUUUUCACAAGGGGGCAACCGUGGUGUGUUUCGUCCAUGGCACAAGGAUGGUGCUCUGGGGGCCGCAAUUGUUGUUACAUCGGCUUAUCGCUCUUCAAGCUGUGGCGGAAUGGCUGGGCGGCCUUCAUAGCAGACCAGGAUAUCAAGGGGGAAUCGCGUUUUUCUGGUUCCGUCUCUCUCUUGAGCUUCAGGCGGUCGCUGCCAGCCACGCACCAGAUGGCGCUGCAUCCGCAGAGGGCACCGGACCUGCUGACGUUCCCGAUCGUGAUACCACAGCAUCUGGCAACCGAGGAGAAGUUCCUUCAUCGCAUGGCAGACACUCGGCCUCCGGAGUAGCACCGGUGCCAUCUGCAGGCAACGAUGGAUCGCGUUCCGCGCUUGUCAUGGGGUUAGAGCAGCAGCUAUCGCAGUUAAAAUCCCGACGGCGCAUGAUCCAAAACACCCUGUACUGUCAGCGUUCUCGCUGGUCUAGUGAAGACAGGUUUGUGACAUACAAAAUGAAAAAGGAUCCCGGGGCGUUCGAAUCUCCGGAGGCUGUAGCGCUGCUCAAGGCAAAGUACCGGUCGGAAGUCGAUAAGAAGAAACGGGAAAUAUCUGUGGUGGAGCAGACCAUUCGUGAGAUCGAAAUUGAAGAAGCAGCCCUUCUCGCAAGGCUUCUCGAAUGCCGCAGAGGAUGCAACCAGACACCAGCAGAGCAUGGGACAGAAGGCCCUCGAGGCCCGUCGACAUCAACUCGUCAGUUCCAAAGAUCGGCAGAAGCUGCAGACGUCCUACAAGGUGGCGAUGAUUCUGCACUAUCUAGAGACAGGCGACGCGUAGACACACGGAGCAGCAACCGUCUGGCCUCUGCACGGAUACUUAUGUCGCCAGCCGACUCCGGCAGUGGCGGUUCCGGGCUGCCUCUAGGUUUGGAGGAGAGGCUGGAGCUGGUGCGUGCGCAGAAACGCAAAACGCAGACUAACCUUCAAAGUCGCCGUCACCACUGGUCGUCCGAAGACGCAUAUAUCAAGUACAGGACGUUAGCGUCAAAACGGAAUCGGGCCAAAACCGGUAAGGCCGCGGAGUUUCCAUCUCCAGAAACUCUGGAAAAGUACAAGAAAUCGUAUUGGUCUCAAGUAGAUGCGAAGCGACAGGACAUGCUUGUGUCUGAGCAGUCCAUCCUUGACAUGGAAAUCGAAGAAGCUCAACUUCGCGCGAUGCUUCUCGAAUGCCGCAGCAAAGACAGUGAAGCACCAACUGAACCAAGCACGGAAGGUCACGCAGGAGCGUCGACAUCGACUAGUCAGUCCCAAGGGAUACAGACGUCGGGAUUGCAAGACCCUGAGGACGUAUCGGCGACAGCCGAAUCACCAGAUGUGCCGCGGGAGGACUCACCGCGCCCAGGCUGCUCCUGGUGGAGUACCAGCUCUCCCCCUUCAUCACUGCGGUCGACGACGAAAGGUGCCGUGCCCAGCCCUUCUGCUGAGGAUCGCAUGACGAUAUUACAGAGAGACCUCAACCUGCUACAGGCAAAGAGGACUAAUCUCGUAGCUAUGCGUCGGUUCAUUAGGGACAAGUGGAAGGACGAAGGCACCUAUGUGAGUGUGAGACUGCGGAGCCUCAACAGUCGUCUGAAGGCGAAAAACAUGGCUACCGUUGGUUUAUCGCCUGAGCUUCACCAACGCCUCUCUCAGCAAUACCGUGAACGAGCCCCACAACAUUUAGCGCGUGUGGAGGAAAUGAGCAGACAAAUAAUGGCGCUUGAGGAAGAGGCAAAGGAAGUCGCCGUUCAACUUUGGCAUGCUCGACGUUUGAGCGAUCCAGCCGUAGAGACGCAAACGCAAGCGUCCACCGUUUCCAGCGCCACGGAACCCGCAGAGACGUCGGAGGUGGCUGGGCACCACUCUCCGCGAGACACUACCCACGCACGUAGAGAUCUGGUGAAAAGUCACUCUGAGCCUGCCUUUGAGAAACCCUCGCACAAGGCCCUUUCAUUACCGUUCAUUGCCCAGGAUCCUACACCGUCAUCAUCGCCAGUGACGACCACAGGAGGGGCGUCGCGGGAGUCCACUUCUUCAUCCUCCAUCACAUUUUCCAUGGCAAGCAUGGAUCUCGCAUUUGCGGAAAGGUUCCCACACGUUGCGGGCACAUCGCCGUCUUCUCCGUCGCUGAUGUGGCGUCGCGGAACCUUCCCUUCUUUUCCGUCAGGCGACGCACAGGCGCCCGUGUCUGCGGGCCACCGGACCAGCGGUGAUUGCGGCGAACCUCCACAUUCUUUACCCCCGCCCUUCGAACACCCCGGUGCUGCGCAUACUACUGGGGACCCGCGCACAGAGAGUAAUAUUCCUGAGGACAUCCUGGAGUUCGUUCUGUCCCAUUCCGCACCAGCAGCGACUGCAUAUGGGGACUGCGCUGCGCUCCUCGCAGAAUCGACACCCUCGUUCAUUCAGCCAUGGAGUCCAGAAUAUUCGCCACCACCGAUCGUCUCCGCGAGCGAGCACGCGGCAACGAGUUCGUCGUGGCCCCACCCGACUACGAGUGCCUCGGACGAAGGCGCAGCACCCUGCGCAGUCCCAGCUAGUAGCAGCGCAUUUUCGGGGCCAUGGUGGAGCUCGCCUCAACCACAGCGCUCCUGGCGUAGGCAUCCCACACACCUGAAUACACAUCCGAACAGUGACAUCCCCGCAUCACGAGAGUAUCCGGACGAAAUGAGAUACCAGAGUCAAGGGGGGAGCUACGUUGCCACAUGGAUCGAACAAUAUGGUCCACAUCUAAUCGACUAGUGAAUAAUCAUAGCACAUCAGUCACUUCUCCGGGUGCCGGGGGGUGGGGCGCUUGAGGACGAGUGUGUAGCAGACAUGGAGUCGUGUUGCGGCGAUGAGCGGCACGGAACCUAGUCCGAGAAGGACGUCGGCCACUGUUUCGGAGUGCCGCCACUUGUGGGUGUGUAGAGAUGGGAGCUGGUGGCAUGUCUAUUUCUUAUACGGUACAGUAGGCCGGUUUGGGCUUGCAGCACACCCUCAAUAUUUUAUGGUCUGACAAAACCACGUAUUGGCCUCUAUACGGCGGACUCGGUAAGUGCGAACACAUUCGCAGCACUGUAUUUGCUGCACUAGCCGUGAAGCGAACCUGAUACGGGGAAUAGAAUUUAUUGACAAGAGCUCCCGUGAAUCCCAGAGCGGCCCGAG